GCCAAGCGCCAAAGCAGACAGCAGGUUUUAAGGUUAUGUUAGUUAUAACCGUUGAAACUUGAUUGUAAAAAGAAAUGACUUAUUAAAAGCUGUCAAACGGUUUUGUUUUCCAGUGGAUUUAUAAUUUUCUCAUUAAAUCAAACAAUGAAUAUCACAGAAUCUUUGAAUAGGAUAUGCUCACUGGAGCAUUUUCCACCUCCGCCCUCUGGUGACUCAGUACCUCUAUGUGAAACCGAAGGUCGUCUCAUAUAUUGUCUUCCAGAGUUUGUAAAUCUGCAUCUCUAUACAAAAGCAGUGGACAACUUACCGGAAGUCGUUAUAACAAGAGAUAUGUUACACAAUGCUGCUGCUCAUUCUAAUAUAAACGUGUUCCUUCCAGUAACAGAAAAUAUUUGGAAGAGAUUACAAAAUGCGUGGUAUGAGAAUGGGUUUCGAGAAGCUCUACAAAUAGCUGCUCAGUCUGAGGAAGAUGUUAAUAGCUUAUUAAAAUUCUGCAGUAUCCAAACUUUGUCUCUAAUGAAUAAGGUCAAUAGGAUAUGUUCACGCAUUCCUCUUCUAUCUUCAAAGGAUACGGAAAUACAGCAGCAACCAGGCGGCAAAGAAUGUAUUGUUUGUAUUGAAUGGCAUCCUCAUUGCAAGAAGAUAGCACUGGCCACCCGGGAUGAUUCGGUCAGAGUGUUCUCAUCUCACACCAAACUGGUUCCUCUGCUCAAAUGCAAAGUGCAACGAAACGUAUCCUGUCUAGCUUGGAGACCACUGAGUACAUCUGAUUUGGCUGUGGGAUGCGCCUCAGGAAUACUGAUCUGGACGGUGGAUCCGAAUUCGGUUGUUAUGCGACCAUCUUCGUCAACAGCUGUGCUCUUGCAGAGAAAAGAUCACACAGAAAUAUCGAGUAUCGCUUUCAGCGCCGAUGGAAGCCUGUUGGUGAGUGCCAGCCGCUUGAACCAGUUGAUGAUGGUGUGGGAGGUGUCGACAGAGCGCGCCACCUGCCUCAAGAGGAUCGGUGGUGGGGGAAUAUCGCUGGUCACCUGGGCACCAGACAACCGCAAAGUCUUUGCUGCUACCAGCCGGCUUGUAUUCAGAGUAUGGAGCAGUUGGCAGCAGUGGGUGCCGGAGCGGUGGUCGCUGGCCAGUGGUCACGUGGUGUCCGCGUGCUGGUCUCCUUGCAGCUCUGCUCUGUUGUUCGUCACCUCCCUGGAGCCAACCAUCUACGCGCUCACCUUUGGCCAGAUCGCCUCCGUCUUCACCACUGAGGACCGGCGGGGAGCUGUGCGCGUUGCCGACCUCACCGCCAUCUCGGUUCCUUCCGGCAACCGUGUUGUGAGAGUCGGUGGUGAGGUGAACCAGAUGGUGUGGGAUGGCCGCGGUAGACAUCUUGCUGUAACCUUCCACGAUUCCGAUCUGAUAGCUGUUUUUCUCACCAACAUCUCCACAACUGUUCAUGUAUCUCCGUGCUGCUUCAUCAAAGGUGAACCUGGAGAGAAACCGAAUGUGAUAACUUUCCAAAAGAAUUUUGAAGAAGGAGCAAACCUGACUAUUGCCUGGUCAAGCCACAGAGUGCAGUACUUCCCGUUCAUCUACCAAGAACUGGGCUCCUCAAACACGAUUGGAAGUCCUGGUUAUGUGACAGGUCCUCUAGAAUCUUCACUUCAAACUUCCCACAUUGCAGGGAAGAGCUAUUCGGAUCUUCCCAGUUUCAUGCUGUCUCCCUAACACUCUGCCAUCAAGUUUCGUAAUUCUACUUCGAAAGUAAUUUGUAAGUCAUUUUUUUCAAAGAAUUAGACCAAUAAUUGAAUCAAUGAUAAUGAAUGAUAAAUAAUUGCAUGAAAAAGCUUUGCGGAUCUUCCCAGGUUCAUGUUAUCGUCCUAACGCUCAACUAUUGAGUUUUGUAAUUCCACUUAGAAAAUAAUUUAUUAGUCUAUUUUUUAAAGAGUUGUACUAAUAAAGAUAGAAACUUUUGAAAUAAAUUCCCUUAAUUUUUGAACUUA